GUAGGUACAAUUUGGGAGAUGCAGGGGAAUUGCUUGGCAGGAGGGAUAGGGCCCUGCCCGCCAGGCCCAGAGCUUGGAUGGCAUCUAUGUGUCCCUCUGCCUGUUAUUGCUGAGGGCUGAACACAAUGAUGAACGGGACCCUGAGGAGAGAGUGGGUAUCAGUGGCAGCAGGGCCUGGCAUCUCCUCUGAGGUGGGGAGCUCUGGAGGAGGAGGAGUGUGGAGUAGAUGUGUGAGGUGAUGGACUGUAGGUUCUGAGAGAGAAAGUGCAUGGUUUCAUCUGUCCCCAUCUUGACAGGACAGUAUGACUUUUGAAGACGUUGCUGUGUACUUCUCCUGGGAGGAAUGGAGGUUCCUUGAUGAAGCUCAGAGGCACUUGUACCUCGAUGUGAUGCUGGAGAACUUUGCACUCAUAUCCUCGCUGGGUUGCUGCUGUGGAGCAGAGGAUGCGGAGGCUCCCUUUGAACCGAGUGUUUCUGUAGAAGUUUCAUCUGCCAGGACUCCCAAGGCAGCUCCAUCUUCCCAGAAGACCCACCCCUGUGAGACGUGUGGUCCGGUCUUGAGAGACAUUUUCCACUUGGCUGAGCAGCAGGGAACACAACGCAGCCUGAAACUGUUGAGGUGUGGGGCUUGUGCAAAACAGUUUGAUUUCAGUGCAAAGUUUCAACAGCACCAGGAGCAGCACACGGGAGAGAAACCCUUCAGAAGCAGUGUGGACAGGGCCUCGUUUGUGAAGAGCUGCAGAUUCCAUGUGUCAGGGAAGACUUUUUCUUUGGGGGAGGUUGGCAAGGACUUCCUGGCCAGCUUGGGACAUCAGCAACAACAGACCACUCAUACCAAGGAGAAGCCAAACAAAAUCACCCAGUGCUGGGCCACUUCACCAAGCAUAAAAAGUCAUUACACCUGGGGAGAAUGCAAGAAAGGCUUUGAUCCUGAAGGCACACUUGUUCAGGACCAGGGUGUCCACACUGGAAGACAGUGUUUUGUAUGCCAGGAAUGUGGGAGAACAUUCAGGUACAAAUCCUCAUUUGUUGUGCACCAGAGAGUCCACACUGGAGGAAAGCUUCAUGUGUGUGGAGAAUGUGGCAGAUCUUUCAGGCGAAGCUCACCCCUUGUUCAACAUCGAAGAAUUCAUACUGGGACAAGGCCGUGCAAAUGCAGCAAAUGUGGGAAAUCCUUAAGCCAACAAUCUGUCCUCAUUCAUCCCCAGAGGGAACACAGUGGAGAAAACAGCAAUGUGUGCAGUGAUUUUGUCAUCAGAGAUGUCACGCAGGAAAUAGGCCUUAUGAGUGUGGUGAUUGUGGGAAAGCUUUUAUCUCUAGGUCUGUCCUUCGUUAUCAUCAUCGAGUUCACACUGGAGAAAGGCCUUUUGAGUGCACCUCCUGGGAAAGACUGCAGGGCUUUCUGGUCCUCAUUUGAGGCCAGGAUGCUGUGUGUUUCAGGAGUGUCAGUGAUGACCCUGAGGAGAGAGCUCGAGUGA